UUUAGAAUUAUGGGAAGUUGCUGGUGCUGGGAGUAAAAUUCUGGUUUGGUGAGUUUAGGGGCAGGGAGUUUACAAAGAGACAACCUUGUGAGGCAAACACAAGGAAGCAGAAGGACAGAGAGGAGACUAAACAAGAUUUCCCACACAUACAUUUACAAUUACAGUUUGGGUUACUUUAACCUGGCUGGUUUUUUUUUGUUUGUUUGUUUUUUGUUUUGUUUGUCGUUGUCAUUAUUGCUUUUUCUUUCUUAUGACCAAGCAGAUGUGUGUACUUCAUUCAGAUUUUGAGGAGAGUAAUACAUCAGGUUUUAAAAGGCGAGCUUAUUAGUUUUCUCUCCUCUCUGCCAGUGUGCCUUAAAAACAAAUUUUCAGCACAGUGGAAUGUGCAGCUUAUGUCAGUGAGAGUCAGGUAUUUUAGCUCAACUAAAACCAAUUACCAGCUUUUCCCCAAGCCAUUUUUUUUCUGCAUUGCUUGGGUGAGUGCGAGAACCAGAAGCGACUGUGUCUAAAAGUCUUGUGAGGUCUCCUGCUGUAAAUAGCAUUUAAGGGAGUUGCUGGACACUCCUUGUCAAGUUUAACCUUGAUAAAAUAAGAAGAUGCAAUUGUGUGAUCCCAAAAGCCUCAGCUUUGCUCAGUAAAUGGUGUCAGAAGCCCUGCGAAUCCACGUCAGAGUACAGAAACUUAAUGCCCCCUCACAGAUAUGAGGUAAGGGGAUUGUCACAAGGAAAGAGCACCACCCCCUUCACACUGUGUAAACAGGUCUAAGCACGAAUUGAAUGGUUUUGACAUAAUGACAGCUGAAGAUUCCAUUGCCAUUAUGAGCAACAGUUCCUCCAACAUGUCAGCAUCCAAAGUCCCAGAAGGAGUGGCUGGAGCCCCCAACGAGACCGCACUGCUGGCCCUGAUGGAUCAAUCAGGAUACGGGAUGAUCCAAGAGAACGGGCAGCGCAAGUACGGCCCACCACCAGGCUGGGAAGGCCCCUCACCGCCUCGUGGUUGUGAGAUCUUUGUGGGGAAGAUCCCUCGAGAUGUAUAUGAGGAUGAGCUGGUCCCUGCGUUUGAGACUGUGGGGCGCAUCUACGAAAUGAGAUUGAUGAUGGACUUUGACGGGAAGAACCGGGGAUAUGCCUUUGUCAUGUACACGAAGAAGCAUGAGGCCAAGCGAGCAGUCAGAGAGCUCAACAACUAUGAGAUCCGCCCAGGCCGGCUGCUCGGGGUCUGCUGCAGUGUGGACAACUGCAGACUCUUUAUCGGAGGCAUUCCCAAGAUGAAAAAACGCGAGGAGAUCCUGGAAGAGAUCUCUAAAGUGACAGAAGGUGUGUUGGACGUUAUUGUUUACGCCAGUGCCGCUGACAAAAUGAAAAACCGGGGCUUUGCUUUCGUGGAGUACGAGAGCCAUCGGGCCGCUGCCAUGGCCAGGAGGAAGCUGAUGCCUGGCAGGAUCCAGCUCUGGGGGCACCAGAUUGCAGUGGACUGGGCUGAACCUGAGAUUGAUGUGGACGAAGAUGUCAUGGAAACUGUCAAGAUCCUCUACGUCCGCAACCUGAUGAUAGAAACACCAGAAGAGACCAUCAGGAAGAUCUUUAGCCAGUUCAACCCAGGCUGUGUGGAGCGGGUUAAAAAGAUCAGAGACUAUGCCUUUGUGCAUUUCACCAGCAGGGAUGAUGCAGUUAACGCUAUGAAUAACCUGAAUGGAACUGAUCUUGAAGGGUCCUGUAUAGAGGUUACCUUAGCCAAGCCGGUAGACAAAGAGCAGUACACGCGGUACCAGAAAGCAGCAAAAGGAGCAACACCAACACCAGCACCAGAGACACCGCAGCCAAACUAUGUUUACCAAUGCGACCCCUACACAUUGGCGUAUUAUGGGUAUCCCUAUAAUGCACUGAUUGGUCCCAACAGAGAAUACUUUGUUAAAGCAGGUACUGUAAGGGGCAGAGGGCGAGGGGCGGCUGGGAAUAGGCCCCCGGGUCCCAGAGGCUCUUACCUGGGGGGAUACUCUGCAGGCCGUGGCAUCUACAGCAGAUACCACGAAGGGAAGGCCAAGCAGCAGGAAAAUGCCUAUGAACUCAUACCCAGCCUGGAGUUGACUGCUGUCAACCCAGUGGGCAUUAAACCUGGCACAAUGUCCAUCCCUGGGUUGAGCGGCCAGUAUUCAGUGUUUUCAACGGGUCCAGCCACUAAGCUAAUGGAAGAUGGCAAGAUGCAUGCAAUGGAGCACCUAAUCAAUCCCCUCGCAAUCCAGCAUGAUCCCUCAGGUGCUGCUACGGCAACAGCGGUCAUCCCUGCUGUGUCCACACCCCCUCCAUUUCAGGGUCGGCCCAUUACUCCAGUGUACACGAUGGCCCACAAUGUUCAAAGAAUUCCUGCUGCCAGUCUCUAUGGUACGAGCUACAUCCCCAUAGCCGGCCAUGCAGCGUCAGCCACCUUCGCAGCGCUACAAAAGAACGCAGCUGCUGCGGCCGCUACCUACGGAGGCUAUGCCAGCUAUGUACCACAGGCAUUCCCAACCUUUCAGGUCCCUAUACACGAUGUCUACCAGACAUACUAAACACUCGCACGAGAAACACUGAAGGAACAUUUUAGUAUUUAUGAAGAGAGAAUCCUACGAUGAAUGUUUUUUUUUUUUUUUUAAAUAAUGACUCAGAGAAACUUCCAACUGGAAAUAAAAGUGAAGACUUUUGAAUAAUAUUGCAUCUGCAUGAACUCCUAUAGAAAAUAUAUAGAAGAUACAUAUUUUUAAGGAUAUACUUAAGGUUAACGUAUUCAUACUGUUAUAACGGAAAUGCAUUUUAUUUGAUAGGUAUUGAUAUCUUCCGUCCAUAGCUGUAAGUGUGGAUGUUUAAAAGAUGUCACUUUUAGUUUAUUCUUAUUAUUUUAAGGUGUUUCUUUUAUUUUAUUUUAUUUGAAUUUCUUUGGUACGAAGGUUUUAAGUUAUCUGCACUCCAGCUACUGUUUCUAUUAUAUAUAGUGCCUUUUAUAAAACAACAUCUUCUGAAAAAACAGUUCAAACAAACUUUUUUAUUUUGUCUUCAAAGCAAUAUAACACUUAAUUGACAACAUAAUUUUCCCAUUUUUUCCUUCUUAGCUUUUUUAUUUUUUUUAAUUUUGGCAUGCUUUAGAUAUAACACCACUGACAGGUACCAUUGCAUCCUGUAUAACUAAAUGCAAUAUUAAUGUAAAAACGCCUAAGACAGACACAUCUAAGUUCAGGCAAGUAUUAGGUUUGAAAUGAACGAUUUAUAUUGCAGGUAAGAUGAAACGAGGUUUAAGGGAGAUUACACUGUAAAAAGAAAGUGCCCUUUAAAAAAAAACAUUGUACACCAUGCAGUCCCUGCUCUUUGUCAGCACAGACAGAGCUAAAAAACUUUUUUUCAGUGUUCUAUAUAUACAUUUAUACAGUAGGUCAUGUAAUCUCUUUUUUUAUUUGCCUUUGUUUUUUUUUAUUAUUAUUUAAAUCUGUAAUGUCAGUAAAGAAAGUAAAAUAAUCACAUUCUCACGUCCGCUACAAAUAAAAUUUUGCCUAAUUGAUAUGCACAGGGAAAAAUAUUUGACCUUUUUCAUGAAGUUUCGAACAAUAUGCUGCUGGAAUACAGCCUCCAUGUUUAAUUUCUGAAUACCUUCUUAUGAGGUUAUGUAAAUAUCUGUUUAGGGUAUUUCAGUUCAUGUGGACGUCAUUUAAAAGUAACGAGCAAAUGCUUUAUUUUACUUUUAUUUUAGAUGUGUAUAAUGUGGUGGGGAAUACAUGUGUUUUUUUUUAUUAUUUUAUUUUAUUUUUUGGACAAGACUAACUCUCUUGUCAGAAGGAGCUCUACUGUAUACCAAUAGCCUCUAUCAUGUUGAAGCAAAAAUUCUAAAAUCAAUUGAGGGCUGUGUACAAAAAUGUGGUAUGUAAAUAUAUUCUGUUCUGAAAUACAUUUUGAGUAAAACAUUGUUUAGUGUGUCAGUAAUGCAUAGUAUGUGGUUUACCACAUCAUUUGACCAUUUAUUUCAAUGUUAAGAAGGUAUUGUCAGAGUAGGAAGAUUAUCAUUGCAACGUCUGUGGCCUGUUUAAAGGCUUCAUUUUGGAAAACAUAGUACAUUAAAAUGGGGCCUUCCCUCUUUAUAGUUGUUAUUUCUGGGUAUAUUUCCCACAACAUGCAGAGCAUGAAGAAGUAAUCUAACUAAGCAUUACACCUUCAACAUGGUAGCAAUGCUGAUUAUUUGGUUUGUAUUUUUUCAAACAGACACUAAAGAAUACAAUGUGCAGGUCUCAACAAAAUUAGGCCGCUACCAUAAAGCCAAUUUCUAUGUCACAUAUAUUUUUUAAUUAAUUUAAUUAAAAUGCAUAGCGGUUGAAAGUAUUACUGUAUUUUGCAUAGAGUUGGUGUGCAAAUGUGUAAAAUUGAGCUGUUUAGAUAAUAUAUACUGUAGAUUAAUUUAGAGAGAAAUGUCUGUUAGGGAACUGUAGUCCUCAUUUUCCAGAAACCAUGUCAUUUACACAACAGUAGUAGUUUAACUCGAAAUGUGAGUUCCUAGGUACUGAAACGAACAAAGUGUGCAUAGUUUUAAAAAAAAAAAAAGUUUAGUGUGCCUUAUUGCCAAAAAUGUGCUUUACUGUUAGGGAUUAACAGUCUUUUAACUAUAUUUUCUAUUCUAUGUUUUUAAAAGUUUCUAAGUUUUUUUUUUAGAAUUAUUACAUCUCUAUUUCCACAAAAGUAGUGAAUAAAGCAUUUUAAAACCAGG